CCCCACCACUUUUUUUUUUUUUUUUUUAACUGGAGGGGGCAGUGGGCUUGGAGAGCCCGCACAUUCGUUCCUUCACGCUGCCUCUUUUCCAUGUAAGCUCCUGUAAUGGACAGCAAGGCCCUCCCGGGAGCCUGUUGCUUCCAUCCACACCCCCCCUUCCACUUUCUCCUUUUUUUCCCCUCCGUAGUGGGCAGGCGAGGAAAUCUUCGCGCCCACGAACCCCCCCCCCCCCCUCCCGCCUGCAGCCAGGGUCCUUGCUCCUGCGGGGAAACCCUCUCCCUCGUUUCGCAUCUUCUCCAUCAGCCUUGGUUUAUUGUUGAAAGUUAGGGACUCAGAACCCAGGUUGGGGCUCCUUCCCAGUAAUCCGGAGGGAAGGGAAAGGGGGGGGGGGGGUGCCUCUGGGAAUCAGGUGCGAAGGUCAGGAAGGAAGAAGCCAGAAGCCGGCCUUGAUUGGCUCCUGGCACCUCCGUGAACGUCUCGGGCCAGUUUCCUGUAAGGGUCGGGGCGCGAGCCUACAUUGUCCCCCUUGGAGGAGCGCCUCGAGGGACCGGGGGUAUCUGGCAAGGAAACUGGCAGAGAGAAGUGGGAGAAAGAGACAUCAUCGGAGCUACUGGGUGGUUCUGGAAGCAGAAAAACAACUCUUUCUAAAGCAGCCCGACUGGUUUGCACUGGAGGGUUUGUGCCUGUGAUCUGCCUGUCUAUAAAUACCAGGAAGGUGCCGGUGGGGUAGUGGUGCUUGUGGGGUGCCUGACCUCUGCAGCACCCCCUUUCCUCCCUUGGGAGGGAGCUGGCUGUCUGCAAUCUGAAGCCCACCGUGGUCAGAGUCUGAGUCUCCAGCCAAGAUGACCACAGCCUGAGUUGCUCCGUAAAGCAGUUGGUCUUGGCCUCCACACAGGCCAGACAGUGGGGGCUGGAGGGAGCUCUAGGGAGGGGUGGAUGCAACUGGAGGUAUAAGAGAAACAGGACUUUGUUUGGAAUCAGAAGAGGGGAAACGUGACCCAAAGUAAUGAUCCAUACCUGAAGUUCCGGGUAGAUAUGCCUGGCUCGGGCAGUGCCUUCAUCCCCACCAUCAACGCCAUCACCACCAGCCAGGACCUACAGUGGAUGGUGCAGCCCACAGUGAUCACCUCCAUGUCCAACCCGUACCCCCGCUCGCAUCCCUACAGCCCCCUUCCAGGCCUGGCCUCGGUCCCGGGGCACAUGGCGCUCCCCAGACCUGGUGUGAUCAAGACCAUCGGUACCACCGUGGGCCGCCGGAGGAGAGACGAGCAGCUAUCUCCCGAAGAGGAGGAGAAGCGUCGGAUCCGGAGAGAGAGGAACAAGCUGGCGGCAGCCAAGUGCCGGAACCGUCGCCGGGAGCUGACCGAGAAGCUGCAGGCGGAGACGGAGGAGCUGGAGGAAGAGAAGUCAGGCCUGCAGAAGGAGAUCGCAGAGCUCCAAAAGGAGAAGGAGAAGCUGGAGUUCAUGUUGGUGGCCCACGGCCCUGUGUGCAAGAUCAGCCCCGAGGAACGCCGGUCACCCCCGGCCUCGGGGCUACAGCCUAUGCGUGGUGGGGGCAGCGCCAUGGGUGCUGUGGUGGUGAAACAGGAGCCCCUGGAAGAGGACAGCCCCUCCUCCUCGGGGGCAGGGCUGGACAAGGCCCAGCGCUCAGUCAUCAAGCCCAUCAGCAUUGCUGGGGGCUUCUAUGGGGAGGAGCCCCUGCACACCCCCAUCGUGGUAACCUCCACGCCUGCCAUCACCCCAGGUACCUCGAACCUCGUCUUCACCUACCCCAGCGUUCUGGAGCAGGAGUCGCCCGCGUCGCCCUCCGAGUCCUGCUCCAAGGCCCACCGCAGAAGCAGUAGCAGCGGAGAUCAGUCAUCGGACUCCUUGAACUCCCCCACGCUGCUAGCCCUGUAACCCCGCGCUCUCCUCCCCAGCUCCGGAGGCGUCCUCAUCACUGCCUCCUUCCCAGGGACCAGCGUUUUCAAGAGCAAGAAGGGGGGGGUCCCCUGCCAGGGAGCGUCCUGGCCCUGGGGGAGAUCCGCGUGGGGCCUGGCAGUGAGGCGCUGGAGGACUGGGGCUGAUCCCUGGAAGCCAUGAACCUUCUUCCUCAUUCAUCGUGUGAGCAAAUCCUGAUUUCCCUUUUUCUUUCUUGAAAGCCAUGGAGGACUUGGUUCAGCGGACUUAAGACGUCACUGGCUGCUGAGAAGAGCCUGGAGCUGGCCCAGAUGGCUCCUGCCCCUCUGAUAGGCUGUUGUCUGGAGUGAUGCUGUCCUUCCCCGUACCCCAUCGAGCAUGCUCCGUGCCUUCUGGGUUCACCUUCCUUUGACUUGUCCCUUCCCUCCCCCGGUGUGAGUUUCGGUCCCUCUUGGUUUGGAUCAAAUUUGCCAUGACAUUUCACCUGGGUGGUCUGGAUACUUAACGCUCUUCGUUUCUGGAGAUGAGGCAGCAAAGGACACUUCUGCCGAGGCCGCCUUGUCCAGGAGGGGCAGGCAAAGUGCAAUACGGAACCUUCCCUCCCCAACACUCCCCACGGUGCCAACGCCAUCUCCAGACCGCCAGCGGGGCUCCCUGAGCUCUCCAGGGGACACCACCAUUGCCUGGCAAGCACCAGGGACACUCCCUUCCUGCUUUGGAGAUGCAGGUUCUUGAAGGAUCAUCUGGGGCAGAAGAUGAGGUGUGAGUGCCACUGCCGGUGCACAGGUUGGGUUUGCCAAAUGCCUAAUUACCAGGCCAGGAAUAGUGCCAACAAAUCUACACAAGUGUCCUAGCCAGCUUCCCUCCACCUGGUGUCUUGAGCAGGGCGUCUCCUGUAAUUACUGCCUCACCAUGCUGCCCCUGGACCCCUCUCUCCAGAGCAACCACACCUCACUCCAGGGCCCUGCGCCGGGCCUCACCCUUCCCUAGUUGUCACGGUGACACUCCCCAUGGAUUUCAUGAGCCGAGCCUGGGCCUGGACCCUCCCCGGAUUCUGACCAAGUGACUCCUCCACAAAUGUCAAAGGAUAGAAGGGCUGGGGCCGAGGGAAGGUAGAAGUAGAGGUUGUGUCAUGGCGGCCUCUCUGGCACCUCAAUAAAGUGCAGGUCCCCUUCUGCUCUGUGGUCUCCACCACUCCACUGACCCAGUGCUUUUCCAUGUGCUCCCCACCCCACCCCAGGGUGCUCUUUUGGUCCAGUUGGCUAGCAGUGAGUAGCUGGCCCCAGCGAGGUCUUGUGGGCUCGGGAUUUCUGCACCAUUCUGCUGAGAUUGGAGUCAGGGUACACUGCUUCCCGCCGUGGAAGAGCUGCCCUUCCCAUGGGCGGCCUGGCCUCCAGCAGAGGCAGAGCUCAGCAGAGCCCUUUCUCCCCAGAGCGUGUUAAUGCCUGUCCUGGAAGCGCUUCUGGUCAGAACUGGCCUCUGAGGGAGAUUCACUGUGGCAGUUCAGUUCUAGAGACCAUUGUCCACCAUGUAAAAUGAUUUUUAACAUAAAUAACUUAAAUCAAGUUUCUAAGUCUAGACUGUGGAGAGAGACUCAUACCCUUUACAUGUGCUCGUCAUUAUUUAUUUCGUACACACUAGACAUGCAGAAUGGAAGGUCUUAACACACACAGCCCAGCUAGGACCAGAAGUGACAUUGCAGGGACUGGCUUGGUAGAGAGAGGGGACUGAAAAGCAAGAAGACUUUGCUCUGAGUACUUUACACAUGAGCUUUCCCAUCCUCCUCGCUAUGACGUUCCAUCCAGGUUUCCCGGGGCCUCUGUUUAGGGUGUUCCUGAGAAUACUGGGCCAUUGGAUUUCUGGCCUCUCCAAGGAAUUAAGGAAGCAGAAGGGAGCCAGGUAGAGGAGGAAGGCAAAGGAACCCGGGGUGCUCUCAGUGUAGAACAACUUAAUCAUCUCAAGCGGUAUUUGUAGCCAAGCAGAAGCCAUUUGCUUCUUUGUGCAUGUGGCUUUUUCGUUCCAUGGAGCUACUCUGCUGUUUCUUUCUCAGAGCCCCUUGUCCCUGCCCUCUGUGUAGCCCCAAUCCAAUGCAGGUCCUGGUCUGUGAUUUGGGGCCCAGCUGGACAUUCCUGAGCUAAGUUUGGCUUCCUUUCAGAUUCCAAUGCCAAUGUGUUGGCAUGGGCACCAGCAGAAGGCACAGCCGGCCAACCCCCCAGGGCCUCAGAGGCUUCUGAGGUGCUUUUCCAUCCUGACGCUUUGGCUUUGUUCUAGGCGGUCACUCGGCUUCCCCAAAGCCAGAGGUUAUUUGAGGAAGGCUGACUAUUUGCAACCUAGUUGUGAGCAUAUCCUUAGUUCUCUUCCUUCUGGCUUGCUCUCCAAAUUUACGUA